CUCAUUCCACCCUCUGAGCAUCUUUGGGACACCCCUCAGUUGUUGCCUGAAUUUGCUCUACUGCAUCAACUUUCGUACAAGGCCUGCUUCGCUGCAGGCCGAGUAAUAACUGAACCGUUAGUCCUCCUCUGUUCGGAGUCCUCCAGCAGCCUCUCAGUACUUUUACCGUUGGCUUUGGGAGUUAGUCUAAACCCAGCGCCAGUGCUCUUCAUUCCUCUCCAACUAGAACUUCUUGUAAUUAAGGCAGAUUGCUCACCCACAUAGUUUACCCCGGAUUCUUUGCCCCAGUGUUCUCUGCAACACUCUAACUGUUCUCUUAGACACAACGUACCACCCUUUGUGGCUUUGACACAGUAACCUUUUCUCUGAGGUACAGCUCUUCAUCCCCAUGGAAUAGAUCAUUCUCAGAUUUACUCAUUUUUGGUUGUCCGGUGUUUCCUAGUUUCCCAGGGUGAGCUUUCUUGAGGUCAGUGGUCGGGUUUGGUUUAAUUCUUCAUUCCCUUCCCAGAACCUGACUGGUUGCUAAUGGCCUGUGGAUUCAUCAUGUACUUUCUUCUUCCUUCCUUGUUCUAGAUGUGGAAUGAAGUUGCAAGGACGGAGGAACUGUGGAGGAUCUAUAGAUGGCCUGGCCUACAUCUCAACCAACGAGUGCCGAUUUGAUGGGAAGGAGAAGUCUGUGGUUUGCUCUGUGUCCUCAGACUCAACUGUUCGUGCCUGGGAUUUACGUGAGGGCAAGGAGAUCUGGUGCAGCCCUUGUCAGCCUACUGCUCUGGUGAAUUUGGUAACUUACCCUCAGCUGCAGCUGGUUGUCACCGUGGACGAGCAGGGAUUGAUUAAAGCCUGGGAAGCAGAGACAGGGCGGGAGCGGGCCUCCUUCCGUCUGCCCACCUAUUCUUCUGCGCUGGAGGCCUGCAACCAUCCAAAAGGCCCCUUCCUGCUGGCAGCCUGUGCUGAGGGGAACCUCUACGCUCUGAUGCUGCCUCAGCUGCAGCUGGUCUCCAGAGUGACUGCAUUUCCCAAUGUUCCCGUGCAGCUCCUGUCUUCUCCUGACUGCCAGUGGGUGUUUGCGUCAAGCCAGAAUUCAGACCUUGAGCCGAAGGUGUUCCACACAGCCUCUCUGGUGUACCCAUUGGACGAUGAGCCUCCCGUCUUGACCACCUUCUCCAGCUGCCUGAGACCCCAAGCCUGCUGGGCUCCUGCUGAGGCGGCCAGGUUGAUUGUCAUGCACCCAGAUGGCAAUAGCAUGCAGCUGGUGGUCAGCACCUAUGAGCUAAGGGCCAAGAAGUCCAAGCAAGAAGUGGAGAUUGUGGUACAACAGAUUGCCAGCUUCCUGUUGCCAGACAGCGUAAAGCCUCCAAACCUCAUGAGGAGCCAUGGCUCGCAGGUGCUCCUGCUGGUCUCGGGACUGCAGCUGGUGCUGUUCAGCAUCCACGGCCUGCAGCUGGCAGCCUUCCAGGACCACCAGAGGCCCAUCACGUCCGUGUGGGUGGACCCAAGCCGAGUAAUCACCUCAUCGCUUGAUCUCUCUUUGCGUGUCUAUGUGUGGAAGAAGGAGAACAAGUUCCCGGUCCUCAAGAGCUGCUAUCACUUGCUUGGGGGAUCUCACCGAUGGGCCAGUGGGUACAUGCAUGUGGAAAGUGACAGCAUGAGUAUCGUAGGCAUAGAAGCCAGAAGCGUUGGAACGAGUGUUCUGAGGUCAUUCUGCUUCAAAGUGGAGCGUGGCUGAGAGGACUGCACCAUAUCCAAGAUAUUUUCACUUUGGUAAAAGGGCUUGUAGAGAUACAAAGACUGAAUGGGUUAUGUCAUGGGUAUUGGGAAAGGAAUGAGAAAUGCCUAGAUGUCGACACUGUCCCAGGCACCGGCAAUGGCUUUGCUCUUGAAUUCUGUCAGCAAGCCAGUGAAACAGGUGCUAUUGUUCCUGCU